CACAACAUCACAGCAUCAGUCAGAAAAGUCUCGGCCCGUCUCCGUCUUUGGCAUCAACCCGACCGCCGGCACCCGCACCAGGCCCGGCCCGACUUUGGAAUUGCACCGACGACUGCAAGCGGCGAUAUGAUGGUCUCCACGGCGAGGGCAGUGGUCUGUCUGUCCCUGUGUCUUUGUGUGUCUCAGGUCAGCGGAUCGCACAUCUCUGCAAGGAUGAACAAAACCAUCCAGGACCUCCUGCAGCGCUAUGAGAUUCCGUCCAAAGAGAGAUUUAACGGGACGCCCGUGUUCACCAGGGAGCCGCUGGACGACACCACGGAGCAGACCAAGAGGACGUUCAUGGGCGGCGUUUUGGAGACGUAUGAAAAGCUGCUUGGCAAAAUGCUGGAGGCCAGCGAUGAUGAUGCCAAGACGGACCUGAGGUUCCUUCUGAAGCUGAUCAAGGACCUGAAGAAGCACAAAUACAAGGAGCAGAGCAAACUGCUGAAGGGGCUUCACGACCUCGGGAACGUCCAGAUGGAUGACCGCAUCACCCAGAGCAAAGCCUUGGGCGAGCUGCCUCGGCUCUACGAGGAGGCCAGCUCCCUGACGAGCAGCAGGAGGCUGGAGAGGAGGCGGCGGCGGAGACAAGCCAGGAGGCUCAGCACUCACCCGUCAGCCUGAGACACUCAACAUCCACCGAAACAAAAGUGAAAAGCAGAAACGAAACUGAUGGAAAGUUAAUUUGUCAAAUCUUUAAGAUGUUAAACUGUAAAGUGUUUCUGUUCUGUUUUAUAGGAUCAUAUUUAAAGGAUGUUAUCACAGUGAACCAGCAGUCUAAGCCUUUUGACAAUAUUGGAGUUUUAUGUAUUAUUUGAGGUAGUUUGGUGUUUUUAUACUUGAAAGCAGUGAAACAGGAGAAUGGGUCCAGAGACUUUGACUCAGUUUCACCUGGAAAAACUUGAUUCCCUGAUUCUCUUUUGUAUUCUACUGACAUGUUAAGUUUUCUAUAUUUAUUUUCAUAUUUAAAUUCUAUAUUUAAAACUGAAUCUGUUGACUGACGGUUGAUUUAUUUAUUGUAAUAUUUAUUGAUUGUCACAAGCAGGAAAAAUGUGAAUA